UUGGGACUCUAUUAUGUAACAAGGCACGAGCGAAAGAAUAGAGUAAGGUCUUUGACCAAACGGAAGACGCGGCACCGCUUCUUGUUUCUGUGCCGCGACCAUCGUUCAUUGUUGCGUAGUUCACUCUCCUCCUCAUAUUUCUUUUUCUAGAACAAAACCAUACUUAAGAACUUUUUUUUAAAAAAAAACCAAAUCACUCCAUACCCACACAAUAACUAUCAUGGUUGAUCCAACAACCGAAGCUUGUCCAGACUACACAGGCACACUUUACGCCGGCAUACGCACCGACUUGACAGCAGCCACAGGACAAACAGAGCAGGAAGUCAUAGACCGCUUAGUAGACACCUGGAACACAGGACACGAAGAGAGAGUCCUCGCUUGGGAACAACAACAAGAGAACGAGGCACUCGCAGUUGCCAACGCUGAGAGAGCUCACGAAGCGCAGGAAGAAGCAGAGCAUGCUCUACAGGAGGCGGGAGCGCAGAAGGAGCAUGCAGAAGCAGAAAAGAAGAAACCGAAAAUGAAAGGAUUCAAGGAAGCCUCAACAGUAGGAGACUUCUUGGUUCCCCGUCCCUCCCAAUACGCAGUUCAAAAGCUCACUAAUUUUGAAUACAUAGAGCUAUGGUAUUUUUCUCCCGAUGGAUGCAAGGAAGCCCUCAAAACUUCGAAAUCUGUCGCAGACGACUAUGGUCUAACCAAAGUGGACGACCAGCUCACCAUUCAUCCAGCGUCAGCCUUCAAAGCCUCGAAGGCAGCACUAGCAGAUCACGAACUACCUUUCUCAGUUUUCCUACGAGCAAAGAACAUGUUCCUCAUUCAAAUCAGCCAGGCCAAAUGGCCCCAAACCCAUGUCGACACUCUAUCACUUAUCUUCUGGCGUCUCAAAAACCACGCGAUUUGCAACCACAGCGACAUCGGAGACAUGGUUAUCCUUAACUACGCUUCGAGGGUGCGCCAUGACUGGCACGACUGCUUGAAGCGAGACAAGGGUUUCAAUAUCAGGAACCUCAACGAGACUCUCUUGCGCACAAUUAGCGAAGAACUAUGGGACAAAGUACGAUCCCGAACCCUGGCCUUGCCUUUGAGCAAGGACUCAUCCACAUACCAGAGCAGCUUCCGAAAAUCGAGCUACCGUGACACGCAGAGCAAUAAUCAUCAGAACCGUGACUCACGUUCACGCUCGCCCGUUCGUGGUGGAGGAGCCCAGAAGGGCAGAUCAUCUUCACCAGACAACACCCGGGACAAGAGCCGUUGUGAGGGUUUUUCUCGUGGCGCAGGCUCACGUGGCCGCUCAGCCUGUGCCGUAUGUCUGGGCCGCUUUGCACAUGACAUUCGUCACUGCAAUUCCAGCAACCUCUGGGACGGAUCCAAUGCCCAUUGCCGUCGAGCACAGGACAGCCAAAUCAUCAACCCUCAAGGACUCCCACUAUGCUACAAAUGGCAGCGCCCCGAGAGUUGCGCAGCCCCAAACCACAAGUCAUCCCAUGAGUGCUCAGGAUGUGGAAGCAAAGACCAUGGAGCGCAGAAAUGUUCUCGAGUCGAGAAAGCAUGAGGCAUGCACCCCAUACAAGGCCAGCGAGUGGCAACGUCUCCUCGAAGAGACAAAUCUCCUUAGUAGAUAUCCAUCUAUACCUAGAUGCCUGGUCAACGGAUUCUCCAGAGGAAUCCCUCCAAUUACAUGUACAUAUGCCCC